UGCCUAUAAAAAACAUGUCAUGAUGUUACAGGAAGAAGUGGUUGAUGGCUCCCUUGAAUUUCUCAUCCUUGCAAGUGAUGGACUGUGGGAUGUUGUUACAAAUGAAGAGGCAGUCGCAAUGAUAAAGCCAAUUGAUGAUCCAGAAGAGGCAGCGAAGAGAUUGAUGCAAGAAGCUUAUCAGCGAGGGAGUGCAGAUAACAUUACUUGUGUUGUCGUUCGUUUCUUAAGUAGCCCGAACAAUAGCAGCUCUGAGCAGAAAUGACGCCAUGGAUCUCCAUGUACUUAUCUGAUAACUGACUUCUGAUAAUAUGAAUUCUUUUUGUUAACACAUAUACAUCAAUUAUGACCUUUUAGUCUGUGGUGAAGAUAAAAAUUUUUCUUUUAA